AUUUUUCGUUUUUAGGGCUAUUUUGUAACAAAAACUUAAAAAAUAUUAUUCGAGAGAAUUGCCUAAUUAUAAACCAUCUCAUUUACAACUAAAAUUGGUUAUUUGAUUUUAAAAAUGGUUUAAGACACUAACAUACUCCAUUGAAAAUGACCUAAUAAUUAAAGUUUGUUCAAGCUAGUGUGACAAGAUCACAACAACUGAUUGCAAUCUAACCAUCUUAUCCUUUCUAUAAUGAACAGUCACUAUUACAGCUCAUUCCAUGACAGAACAACAACCAUAUUUUUGUUUAAAAAAAAAAAACAAAAUCAAUAAAGAACAAAUAUUCGAUUUUCCAAAUAUGCCCUUAUUUCUUUGUCCUCCUCUUCUUAUAUAAGCAGGAACCAUCCAGAACUUAAUCGGUACCCUUCCAAAUUUUCUGCAUAAAUUAUUUUCUCAUCCGUCUUGAAACAAUUCAGAAAAAAUUCUUUAUCACAAAGCAGAUUCCAUUUUCAAAUUUUCCCGGGAAAAAUGAGAGAGAUCCUUCACAUACAAGGCGGACAAUGCGGCAACCAAAUCGGAGCCAAGUUCUGGGAGGUGAUCUGCAACGAGCACGGGAUCGAUCCGUCGGGAAAGUACGACGGCGACUCCGAUCUUCAGCUGGAGCGGAUCAACGUCUAUUACAACGAGGCAAGCGGGGGAAGGUACGUACCACGCGCUGUGCUGAUGGAUCUUGAGCCGGGAACCAUGGACUCCAUCAGAUCCGGUCCUUUCGGACAGAUUUUCCGACCGGAUAACUUCGUCUUCGGACAAUCCGGCGCAGGUAAUAACUGGGCCAAGGGUCAUUACACGGAGGGAGCUGAACUGAUUGAUUCAGUUCUCGACGUUGUUAGAAAGGAAGCUGAGAACUGUGACUGCUUACAAGGGUUCCAAGUUUGCCACUCAUUGGGUGGAGGAACUGGUUCUGGCAUGGGAACGCUUCUCAUCUCCAAGAUCAGAGAAGAGUAUCCAGAUCGUAUGAUGCUCACGUUUUCGGUUUUCCCAUCUCCUAAAGUCUCUGACACAGUCGUGGAGCCAUACAACGCUACUCUCUCUGUUCACCAACUUGUCGAGAACGCCGAUGAAUGCAUGGUUUUGGACAAUGAAGCUCUCUACGACAUCUGCUUCCGCACCCUGAAACUUGCCACUCCAACUUUUGGAGAUCUAAACCACCUGAUCUCUGCAACCAUGAGCGGCGUAACAUGCUGUCUCCGUUUCCCUGGCCAGCUCAACUCCGACCUCCGCAAGCUCGCGGUCAACCUAAUCCCCUUCCCUCGUCUCCACUUCUUCAUGGUCGGUUUCGCACCUCUCACAUCCCGCGGCUCCCAGCAAUACCGCGCCUUAUGUCCCGAGCUCACCCAACAAAUGUGGGACGCCAAGAACAUGAUGUGCGCCGCAGACCCAAGACACGGACGCUACUUAACCGCGUCAGCGAUGUUCCGCGGCAAAAUGAGCACUAAAGAAGUGGACGAGCAGAUGAUCAACGUCCAGAACAAGAACUCUUCUUACUUUGUCGAAUGGAUCCCAAACAAUGUCAAGUCCAGCGUCUGCGACAUUCCUCCCAAGGGUCUCUCGAUGGCGUCGACUUUUGUUGGUAACUCGACUUCGAUCCAGGAGAUGUUUAGGAGGGUGAGCGAGCAGUUCACGGCGAUGUUUAGGAGGAAGGCUUUCUUGCAUUGGUAUACAGGAGAAGGGAUGGAUGAGAUGGAGUUUACUGAAGCGGAGAGCAACAUGAAUGACCUUGUGAUAGAGGGCGGAAGCUACGUUGCGUAAGGGAACGGGGGUUGAUCGAUGAACAACAGGUUCAGACGAUCGAAAGAGAUGAAGAGUACUCCUCUUCUAGCUAUCAAAGCUCUAAAACUCAAUAUUCUUAUUAUCAAAAGCGUGUCUUACAACGAAGUCGUAAUCAACUUAUAAAUAAAGCCAAAUAAUAACUGAAAACUAA